CGCCGCAGGCAGCGGUCCGGCCGCCCGGCCGAGGCCGGCAGCUCAUCACGAGUGCCAGAUCCAGUCGUGGCCAACGCCAACACAGCGCCCCCUCCCCACGACGCUGAAGUCCCAGAUCUAACCACACAGACACAACCCACCACGUCGCCACCACCAACUAACCCAUUAAUCCAUCAACGCCGGUCCUCCACGGUCACGCGGAAGUCACCGCCGCUCUGCCGCGCUCUCCCGUAGUCCCGUACCGCAUCGCGUUCUUCGCUGGCCUCGCUGUCGUCUCAUCGCCAUUGGCGUUUCGCCUGCAGCUGCUCGUCCGCCAGAACCAAGCAGGUUCGUCCCUUCCUAGCCCGCCCGCCGCCUCGACGCUCAUCUGAGCUGCGCUCCCCCUCCAACGUCGUACUACUCGCGUGGCGCUUUAUCUCGUAGGUCUGAAUCGGGCCUCCACCGAGUGUGUGACUCUCGCGCGGACGAUUUUGCGUACUGCGUAGCAUCCAUGCGCGAUUACCUGCGCGCUCGCUGCCAAGCGCGCAAAUGUGUCCCGCCGCUCGCUUAGCUGAUUCCGCGCCGCGUUACAUCUGCCUCCUCUGUCUGCUACUCUGCUUCGCUCGUUCUCCAGGGGGACUUUCGUGGACAGCAGUUGUCACUAUGUGACAAGGGUCUGCCGGUCUGGAGAUGUUUCUGUGCUGAAUUUGCUUGUUCCGCACAAGUGGAUCGGUGUAAACAUGCUUCAUCAUUCAAAUAGCCGGAACCAAAGGAACAGGGGAUCAAGAAUCAAAACUCUACUCCAAGCGACCUUGCUUUCAGGUGUUGUCUUUUGGCUCCUGUAUCAGGUGAAGCAUUCCUAUGAUAAGAAAAACGAGUACUUGGAUGAUGCUGAGGACCAGCUUACCCAUAAUGAUAGAAGCAUAUUCCAGGCGAGGAAACAAAAGGCAGGUAGUUACAGUGAUAGCAACGUCCAAAUGGUUGUCGACAAUUCUGAUGUAACAACUAAACCAGAGGAAGGUGAUGUAGAUCAUCAUUCUGAUACUUUUGAUCAUAACGAGAAGACUGUAGAAACUGUGUUCGAUAAAGAUAGUACUAACCUGCAUGAAGAUGACAAGAGAAACACUGAGAGUUCAGAAGCGGAAGGACAAGUCAACAGUGGAGAUAGUAAUACAGAAGCUAAUAAUAAUAAGAAUGAAGAUGAAACCACCAGUCUUGUAGAAGGACGCAAGCAUGAUACUGAAUCCAACUCUGCUGCUGAGAGUAAAAGUGAAGUCAAUUCAACUGGAGAUGAAUUGUCCCAAAACAAUCAUGCACAAGAGGAAAACACUAGGGAGGCAAGUGGAAUGUCUCAUGAUGAAGUAGCGCAUGGUGACGAAUCAACCAGUGCAAGUGGAACUUGGAAUGGAUCAGAUGGAGAAGGUGAGAAAAAGGAGGCAGUUGAUACUCAAACUGGUUCUGAAACCCUUCCUGACGAUGCCAAGACCGAAGCAACUGAUGACCGUGGUACUAACAGCCUUUCUGACGAAACAGGGAACAUACCAUCAGUUCAUACUGAUAAUUCACAAAAUGAUGCCAGUGAAAACCAAGGAGAUGCAACAUCCACUACCUCAGAUUCAUCUGAGCAUGGCAUCAGUGAGGCUGUCCAUAUUGAAACUGGAUUGGAACAUGGAAGUGCAACAACAUCAUCUGUUACUGGAUCUGGUGAUGACAGGGAUAACUCAUCUGAUAGCUCCUCUGCAGGAAAAAAUACGGAGACUCUAUCUGGUGAUGAUAAGACCAACUCCAGCAGCACUCCGCAUGCGGCUCCGGAUCCGUAUUUUGCGGAGUCUAGCACACUAUUCAUCAGUCCAGCAGGCUCCGUAUCCGGCUCCGUAAAACGCACGGCGUGUACCCAGACUCCCCAUUUCCACGCUUUCUCUCUCCUCUCCGCAGCUCUCUCGCGGGCGCGCGUGCCUGCUGGCGGGCCCCAGGUGUCAUAGACUGCAUGCGGAGUGGGAUGGGGAGUGUUGCUGGAAACGGAGCCGGAUACGGAGAGGAGAGAGAAUGUGUCGGCCGCGCGUUUUAGGGAUACGGAGUCGCACACUGCUGGAGUUGGUCUAAGGGCAUGGAAACAGGUACAACCACUGAAGCGUCAUAUUCCAAAGAAGAGAACUCUGAGAACAGCAGUGUCUCAACUGAAGCAGAGAACUCCCGAGGAGAUUCUUCCAUUGGAGUGAAUGGUUCUUCAGAAACGUCUACCAAUGGUGAGCAGGUGGAUCCCAAGACUGAAACUAGCACAUCCACCAGUAACGUGCACAAUGAAUCUCAAGGGGCUGAUGGCAGUUCUGGAUCAAAUAACUCAAUUGGUAACGGCCCUGAACAAACCGGUAAAACUGAAAGGCAGUGAUACCACUAUCUAGACACGAACAUUGUUUUAGUAUAAAGAUUUGUUUCCUGGAGAUUGAAGAGGCUAGUACUGAACCAAGAAAAACUGUUCACAUUGUGGCUUAUGGUGAUUUUAGUUGAUACUGCUGAAGUACAAUUGUGCACAUCGCAAGAUCGGUUGUCUGCUAUGCUUAUUGCUUAUGCCAUGAUUUCUCGUCAAGUUGUAUCAGAACGAGUCAUUAUAGCUGUACGGUUAUUAAUCUCUACUAGUACAAUGCCCGUC